AUGGUACUAGUCCAAAAUCAAAAAGUACAAGAACAACCACUACAGCAACAACAACAACCACUAAAGCAACAACUAGAACAACCACUACAGCAACAACAACAACCACUAAAGCAACAACAACCACUAAAGCAACAACUAGAAGAACCACUAGAGCAACAACUACAACGAAAAGGAUUAGAACCACUACCAAUCUGUUUUGAUGGUAAUUCAACAGUUUUAAGAGAAAAUGGUCAGUUAUGCUCAAUACGUGAUUUGAGUAUUGGUGAUAAAAUAUUAGUCUCGUAUUCCGAUGAUGGUAAUACACUGCAAGUAAAAUAUAGUCGCGUGUUAGCGAUUUUUAUCUAUCAGCACUACAAUCAAAUUCAUCCUAUUCAAUAUUUGGAACUAUUUACAUCGUCAUCAAAAACUAAUGCGUUGCAUAUUACACCUACACACUCAUUAUUAAUCAAAAAAUUAAAUGAUAAAAAGGAGAAAUAUCAGUUUGCAAAUCAAAUUGAAAUCGGUGAUUCUGUUUAUAUAGCACAAAAUGUUACAAGCGUAGAAAAAGUUAUUGUUACUCAGAUCAAACAUAUUUUGUUAAAUGAUGCGUACGCACCGAUCACAAGUGAAGGAACAAUUGUUGUUAACAAUAUAUUAGCAUCAUGCUAUGGUACAUAUAGACACGAAUACGUACAUUUCAUAUUGAAGCCAUUACGUCAGUUAUAUAAGUUAAUGAAUAAAGAUUUAGAACGCAUAAUUUCUCAAUUGUACGUUUAUCUAGCUCAAAGACAUAGAUAUCUAUUAAAUACACUAAUAAUUAAUAUUUAAGAGAGAGUUCAUCGAAGAAUCAAGCAUAAAAUGCUCAGUUAAUAAAAUGUUUUUAAACCUAUGUCAUUCGAUUCUUCGUUAAAAAUUACUAGCAAGUCCAAACUUUUAGACCCUUGGAAGAUUUUGAGUCUCGAGUUAGUGAAAAUUUCAACGAGAGUACGUACCAGAGCUCCGUAUGGACUAGACUCAAAAAUUUGAGUCCAUAUGGAGCUCUGGUACGUACUCAUUUUUGUUCUCAAAAACGGUCACUUUUUGUAUAUUUAUUAUUUUUCUAUAUUUUCUUUACUUCGCAAUUUUGAGUUGAAUGGUAUUCUCUGAAACAGAAAAUUCUAAACGAAAUUUAAUACUUUUUAAUUCUCAAACGUAGCUAAACUUCGUGAAAAAUUGAAUUAAACGGAAAAACAUACAAUUUCACACGCUUAAUUGUUGAGGUAAGAUGCGCGUAAUGGAAACUUCAAGUGAAAUUAUUUUUUGAGUUUAUUAUACAUAUUCGGAUUCAGCUCAACAAGCCGAUCACAAAUAUUACCGUCCCAGUCAAAAAAAACUUUUCUUCAUGUCGAAAAACUCAAAAUACUUGAAAGGUCUCAAAAACAGGAAAAUUUGAGCUUACUAUAUUUGGAUUCCUUAUUCAGAAUUGCAUCUAGCCAAGGUACUCUCAGGUCUCCAAAUCACAAAGUGAAAUUUUGGCUGGGCCCGGAACGUAUAUGAGUCAAAAACACCUUUCGUUCAAAAACUCUACUAGUUUUUUGUGUGGAUGGCUAAACAUUUGAUAAACAUAUCGAUAGAUAGGCCAAAUAACCAGCUUUAAAAAUACUUGGAGCUUUUUUUCAAAUUUUGUUUCGUUGCUAAGAAAAUUCAUUUUUUCCAAAUCAGAGGCGAAAAAGUCGGUUUUCUGUCCGUAAUUCUGAGUUUUUCGACAUGAAGAAAAGGUUUUUUUGACUGGGAAGGUAAUAUUUGUGAUCAGUUUGUUGAGCUGAAUCCGAAUUUGUAUAAUAAACUCAAAAAAACUCCAUUUGAAGUUUGCUUUACGUUUGCAUCUUACGAUAAAAUGAUUUUCACCAUCUCUUAACUUAUGUACUGCUAAACGUUUUAUAAACAAAAUAAAUAGUUUUUAAUGUUUACAUAAAGUAGAUAAUGUCCGCUUUCAGUUUACUGGAUCAAACAGAAUCGGGCGAUUGAUUAGUAAACAAUCGGAUUAAAUUUUUCAAUCGGUCAAUAUUCACCGCUUUUUUUACUGACGAGGGAACCCCAUGAAGUGAUUAAACGCUUUUUGCUCGGAAUCUAGUGGGUUAUAGGUUAUCGAACAUGCUGAUUACGACCAUGCGGCUUCCGCAUAGCCCUUCGAAGACCUGGUUUUCUAGAAAACGAGUUUUUCAGAAACUCCAAAAAAUAACUCGAACCGUUCUUAAUAACGCAUGAUUGUAGCCCGCACAUUUCUGAUUAAAAUGAGACUUCUCCCAACUCUACAUGACCUUUCUUUGCAAAGUUAUAGAAUUUACACGAAGAGCCCUAAAUUAAUUUCUUCUU